AAAGAAAUGCGUUAUUUCGAUGCGCUGCCAUGUUAAAGCGAACACUGGAAGAAUAAAAGUUCUGUGCAGGUGACUAACUCUGCUUUAUUACCCUUGCUAUACGGAGCAGGGAGCGGAGAGGAGCGCUGCGCAGUGCCGCUGCUGGAUGGAUGGGUAUGGGGAAAGAAGCGGGAGCCGCUUCGCUACGACUCGGAAAAUCGUUUUUCGUGUUUCUCUGCUUCUUCCCAGCGGUGGCUCUGCAGUGUAAGAUCCUGAAGUGCAACUCUGAGUUCUGGGCAUCAGCACCGAGCUCGGGCCCUGGCGAGGAGUUUUGUGCGGCGCUGCGUGCCUACAGCCACUGUGUGCGGCGCACUGCCCGCACCUGUCGUGGUGACUUGGCCUACCAUUCAGCCCAGCACGGUAUCGAGGACCUCAUGACCCAAAACAACUGUUCCAGGGAGGGCCCCACAGCCCGCACAGUGCCACCUGUACCAGUCCACCAACCCCAGGUGCCGACCGAAGGACGAGUGCCCUCGGAUGGGCCCGAGCUGUGCCAUUACGAAAGGAGUGUCGUGCGUCCCAAAUACACGCACUGUGGCUUCUUUGGCGACCCUCAUCUGCGCACCUUUAAUGACCAGUUUCAGACUUGCAGGGUGCAGGGCGCCUGGCCACUUAUCCACAACAAGUACCUGUCAGUGCAGGUGACUAACACACCAGUGCUGGCUGGUUCUACAGCUACAGCUACCAGUAAAUUAACAAUCAUCUUCAAGAGCUUGGCAUCAUGUGCAGAGCAAAAGACAUACCACGCUGAGGCAGGCGAGCUGGUGGCAGCAUUCACAGAUGGCUCCCAGAGUGCAGGUCCUCUCCGUAUCGUAGAAAAGGUACCAGGUCACCACAUCGAGAUCUACGCCCGGCACAUUGGCGCCACACUGCUUGUAAGGCAGGUGGGCCGCUUCCUGACAUUUGCCGCACGGAUGCCAGAGGAGGUGACGCGCUCACUGGACGAGCACGACAACCAGGACCUGUACCUGUGUCUGCACGGCUGUCCGGCCAAUCAGAUCAUCAACUCCAGGAGGCCCGAGAGCCCCGCUCAUGGCUUCACCUAUCAGUCGGCUGUAGCCAAGUGCAAGGAACGUCUCCCGAUAGAGGAUGUUUAUUUCCAGUCCUGCGUUUUCGAUCUGCUUUCAUCGGGCGACGCAGACUUCGCGCUGGCCGCCUACUACGCCCUCGAGGACGUUAAAGCUCUGCAUUCGGACAAGGACAAGCAUCACCUGUUUGAACGGGAUGCUGGGGCUUUCAAUUCGGCCCCCAAUGGAUCAGGCUUAAGCUUGUUGAUACUUUUGAACGUUCUAGCCAUACGUUUCUGGACUUUGUGUGAACAUGUGUAG